GUUUGCAGUUCUCAAGAUCGUUUCUCCUUUAGUUACAGUAAACCUCAAAGAGCCAUAGCUUCCCGAUCUUCUGCUACUUUCAAUCUUCUUCUCCUCCUGUCAUGGCUGCCCAGACACAAGUGAUGCCAAGUGGGUACCUCACAAAUGGCUUCUCCAAACCCCCUAGAUUACCCAUGGAUACCCUCCAAAGGGCAGUCUCUGACCUAUCCCUAGAACUCAAGAAGGAGAAGAUUGUGGAAGCCAAGACACUCCCACCUAUAUCAGAGGUUGAGAAGGCUGCUUGUGAGUGCUGUGGCAUGAGUGAGGACUUCACACCAGAGUACAUAAGGAAUGUUAAGGAGAAGUACUGUGGGAGGUGGAUCUGUGGACUAUGUGCUGUGGCUGUUGAUGAGGAGGUAGGCAGGCUUGGAGGGCAUGGCAGAGAGGAAGCUCUCAAUUCCCAUAUGUCAGUGUGUUCUAGGUUCAACAGAGUGGGCAGGACCAAUCCUGCACUGUACCUAGCAGAUGGCAUGAGAGAGAUCCUUAAGAAGAGUGCACGCGCAAGGACGCCGGCCGCGUCCGGCUGCAUGGGUCCGAGGCGAUCCGGCAUUUUGCGGAGCUCCAGCUGCAUUCCAGCAAUCGCAAGAGAGGCAGCAAGAGCUCAUGUUUCUCACUGAAAGCAUAUAUAGGUGAAUGUUUCUUUUCCUUUUUCAUGGUGGUUGGCUAUGGCAAAUUAAGCACUAAGUUGCUUUUCUAGUGCUUUUUUUUCCUCCCUCCUUGUGGGAGUUUUACAUGGUGAGCCACCAUAUGAGGAAACAAACUCUUGAUUUUCACCUUGAUUUGUUCCAUCCCCCGUUUCUUGCGGGUUUUAAUCCUUUUCUUUUCAACUCCUUGUCAAUGUGUGUGGUUAAUGUUGGAGCGAGUAACUUUUUGCUGAUUCGUCCAACAUUAUGUACUAAAAGUACCUUUGUACUUGACUGGCUGUCUCGCUUGUAAUCUGAU